AUGGCCACUACAUUGACUGACGCCAAUCGUACUCAAUUACAGCCCGUUUGCCAAAAUUGCGGCACCUCUACGACCCCCCUGUGGCGACGUGAUGAACAGGGUUCAGUCCUCUGCAACGCCUGUGGACUGUUCUUGAAACUUCAUGGCCGUCCUCGUCCGAUAAGCUUGAAAACCGAUGUGAUCAAGAGUCGCAAUCGCGUUAAGACCGGCCAAGGUCCAAAGCGCAAGUCCGGCGGUCCUGUCGAUACCAAUGGUCUCCCUUCCAGAUCAGAGGCUGGCACUCCUCCUCUCGGUGGACAUGGAUACCGUCGCGCGUCGCGUAAGAUGUCCCCGGGCCAUUCGGAUCGCUCGAACUCCCCCGUAUCCCGGACUGAGACACCUGGCUUUGGCUCGAUGCACGCGCACAACUCGAAUAUCGCGCCCCAGCACAUGUUCGAUAGCGUCACCCUGGGCGAUAAUAUGAAUUCCUCCAGCAGCCUCCCCUCGCGACAGAUGCGCCAACCCUCUCCGUCAGCAGUCGACCGCCAACUCGACUCCCCCCACACAUUCGAAAGCCUCCUUGCCCUCAACACAUCCCUCAAAACCCGCGUCAGCGAACUGGAAUUCGUCAAUGAGCUUUUCCGCGGCCGCGUGACAGAACUUGAGCAAAGCGACGCCAGCGCGCGCCGGUCGGAGAUGAUCGUACGAGACUCGGAAGUCCGCCUCCGCCGAUCCCUCGAAGACUCCCAGCGCCGUGAAGAAGAUCUCAAGCGUCGCGUCAGCGAUCUCGAGCGCCAAGUCGGAACCAGCAGCGCCGGCGACGCCGAGUCUGGCGAGCCAUCUGCCAAGAAGAUCCGCCUGUCAGACGUGGUGGAAACCAGCGAGGAAGUGCAGCCCAAGUCGCAAUCUCCCAAGAGCGUCUAG